AUGAAGGUCCUUUUCUUUUUUGGAAUCUGCCUUGCACUUUCACUCUCUGUAUCCUACGGUCAUGUACGUGGCGGUUACUAUAGUGGUGGAUACGGAAGCGGUGGGUACGGUGGCGGUGGAUACGGUGGCGGUGGAUACGGUGGCAGUGGACAGAGUGGCCUUUAUGGUGGAUACGGUGGCGGUGGAUACGGUGGCGGUGGAUACGGUGUCGGUGGACUAGGUGGAGGAUACGGUGGCGGUGGAUACGGUGGCGGUGGAUACGGUGGCGGUGGACUAGGUGGAGGAUACGGUGGCGGUGGAUACCGUGGCAUUGUGGAUACGGUGGCGGUGGAUACGGUGGCGGUGGAAUCGGAGGAGGAUAUGGAGGCGGUGGAUAAGGUGGCAUUGGAGGUUACGGUGGCAUUGGAGGAUACGGUGGCGGUGGAUACGGUGGCAUUGGAGGAUACGGUGGCGGUGGAUACCGUGGCAUUGGAGGAUACGGUGGCGGUGGAUACGGUGGCAUUGGAGGAUACGGUGGCGGUGGUUACGGUAGAGGUGGUUACGGUGGCAUUGGAGGUUACGGUGGAGGUGGAUACGGUGGCAUUGGAGGAUACGGUGGCGGUGGAUACGGUGGAGGUGGAUACGGUAAACACGGUGGACACGGUCACUUUUGACAUGGCGGAGGAUACAUGA